AUGCCGCGGUGGCGCCGCAGAACGGUGACACCCGGGCUGAUCGCCGGUGCUGCCCUGGGUCUGCUGCUGUACCACCGAGCUGAUGCGUCCGCCUUCGCGCUGUGGUCCGGAUCGGUGCGGCGGUGGCACGCGGCGCAGGCGAGCGCCUCGGUGCACGCGAUGACGAUGGAGGUGCUCUUGAAAAUGGAUGAGGAGGGGAGGUCCGACACUCCGCGGCGCCGCCUGGCGGACUUCCAGUUGGGCGAGGACUUGGUCGACGCGGUGGUGACCCGCGACACGCCCAGCGCAGUCCACUUGGAGAUCGGCGCAGCUGUGGACGGGAUCCUUGAGAAGGGUGAGACGAUCGGACUGGCAGAUCCGCUGGCCAGUUAUUGGCCCGGGCAAAGGCUCAACGUCACGGUGAUUAAGAAGGCCAAGCACCACGUUUGGGUGCGACUGCAGCGCUAUGACGCUACCAGGUGCCACAGCUGCUUCCAGCCACUCGAGGGUCACCCGGCUCCCGGCUCGCGCCAUGAGCUUCGUUGUCAAUGCGUCAACAUCGGCCGGCACGUGCCGCCCUUCUUCGAGGAUGCAGGGCAUCGCUACCACGGCAUCGUGGGGCCCGUGCCGUUGGAGGUGCAAGAGAAGAUGCAGAAGCUGAUUGAGAAGGGAAAUCAGUAUUGGGAUACCUGGACAGAUAAGUCCUCGCGGCCCACGCACAAGGGACGACUGCAUGGGGUGGGUUUGCAGCUGAGUCGAAACAUCACCUUCCCUGGCACUGAGCAGCUGCAGGAGCAGUGCAACGAGGUCUUGCGUGAGAUGUUGGGCACCUCCAUGGUCCAACUCCUCCGAAACGCUUCCAACGCCGACGUCUGGCGUUCCUUCCGCUGGUACACGCCCCCGUCGCUCCCGGCCGCGCAACCCGGCGUGGCGGAGCGCGACGGGGAGGGCGGCACCGUGCAGAGCUACAUCGGCCAAGGUUACAUGGCCGUGUUGAACAACUGCAGCGAGGCCCAUGGCCCUCCGGUUCCUGUGGCGAAGCUGCUGGGUGUUCCUUCCUGCAAGGACACCUGCCCGACGUGCAGGUCGCAGGGAUGUCAGGCAUGCAGUGAAUGCUGUGUGCAUGUGGACAAUGACCAAUCAGCCUCCGUUCUCUUGGGCAUCCAGGAGGAGAAUCCUUUGAUCGACGAGAUGGCCUUCUUUGUGAUGGGCAACAAAGCAUUUCCACUGGCUGGUGGCCGGUCCUUCUUCUUCGAUGGGAAGGCGCUCGGUGCAGCCCUGGCGGCGGCGGAGGCGGCGAAGCUGGACGAAGCUCCAGAGGUCGCCAGGUGUCGGAAGCGUGUACAAGAUCUGAAGCUCCAGAUGCCUCUGUGCGAGGCCAUGCGAGCUGUGCUGGGCUCCAAAGACAUACCCCAGGCGCGGCAGCUGCUCCAAAUGCUUCAGCAGGCGGGCUUGGAGCCGGACAGCCCCACGUGGCUGGCUGAUCUCCAGGGCGGUCAGUUGCAAGCGCAGUUGUUGGAGCUCGUGGAGGCCGUCACACCACUGGUGACGCGCGGUAACGCGGCGACGCGGGAGGCCAGGCAGGCGCAGCAGCUGGCGUUGGCCGAGGAGGUGGCCGAGCUCGCUGAAGCCUGGGCGCUCUGGGCCCUCGAGCCGUCCGACGCCGACGCGUCGGAUCUGCGGCUGCGCAGCGCCACUGCGGCGGAGCGGCUCCGGGGCACGGUGCUCCACGAAGAGCUGCGGCAGGUGGCGGAGAUGCCAGGUGAUGCGGCUUCCCACGAACACCUCACGUCGCACGCGGAGCGUGCCACACAGCGCCUGCGGCAAGUGGCAGACACCUUGCGGCACACAGCGCCCGUGGAUGCACUGCCGGCGGCGACUGCUGUGCUAGAUAGUCACGACGUGGAGGCCUUGCGCGGGGCGCUGCUGCGCUUGGCCGAGGAGCGGGACGAGUUCCACCGCUCCCUCGAGGUGAGCCACUUGGAGGCGGCCGAACGGGAAGCUUCGUUGCGGCAUCAGAUCUCAGGGCAUCCGGACCCCGUGGUGGCCCAUCUCCUGCGACAAGUGGAGCAGCUGCAAGGGUCACUGGCACGAGAGCGCUUAGUGUCCAGCUCCUUGAAGGCCGAGCUGGAUGCCAUUCGCUCCUUAAAAGGCACCGACUUGUUGAUCUCCUAAAACACCGACCAGCGCGGCAUGGACGGUGGGAGUACCACACCCGACCUGCGGAUGGGUCAGCAGCCAUGUCAACGCUGAUGGAGGGCACCUCUGGCGACCCGAAGGACCGGUGGAGGAGCCCCGCCACGUCCCGCCGUGAGGAACGAGCCUGAAGCGCCGGUGAGAGCGAGAGCUGGAGAGCGAGAGCUGGAGAGCUGGGAGUCUGAAGUCGGAGAUGGGCUCGGAAGGUGUGAUCUUGGGACAGCUGAAGGAGGAUCAAGGAGCUGAAGG